AUGUCCUCAAUUGACCAAGUCGGAAUACAAAUUGCCCUCACUCAAGCGCGAAAAAGCUUCAACGAAGGCGGAAUUCCAAUCGGAUGCUCACUGCUCAGCGUUAAUGGUGCGAUUCUGGGUGCAGGCCACAAUCAAAGGAUACAGAAAUCAUCUCCGACUCUUCAUGGGGAGAUCGCUGCACUCGAAGAUGCUGGAAGGUUGAAGGCGGGGGUGUACAGAGACGCCACGAUUACUAAGAAAUCAUCUAGUCCUUGCAGCAUGUGCACCGGUGCGAUUUUGCUGUACAAGAUCCCGCGUGUGGUCAUUGGAGAAAACAAGACAUUUUCAAUGGGAGGAGAGGAUCUGCUGAGAAGCCACGGCGUAGAAGUUGUGGUCCUCGAUAAUGAGGAAUGUAAGGAACUAAUGGCAAAAUUCAUUAGUGAAAAACCAGAGGUAUGUCGCAAGUUGGAUCAAUACAAAUCAGCAUCUGACUUUUUUAUUUUCAGGAAUGGAAUGAAGAUAUCGGAGAAGAAUAAAUGCUACUACUUUUUUUUUUCUGUGCAUCCUCGCAAACCCGGGUACACAUUAUACCUCCAGGGUCAGCACUCCGACUUCGAAAUUGACGCGUUGAACCAGCGCUUUCGACAGGCCUGUUUUAGUCGUUUUCUCGCUUCAUCCACGCUCAAGCAUGUAUACCCUAUAGCCCGCCUAUACAUCCUACCAGCUUAUCGAUUAUCUCUCUAA